ACGCGUGCAGUUUUAUCACAGACUCACAGUGUCAGUCUGUUUUCUAAAUUCGUUCAUUUGAUUACUUGGUAUCAGAGAAGAUCAUGGAAUUGGAGAAUUUGCCUUUUGCAGUGAGCACAGUACAAAAAUCCAACCUACCAGAUGCAAAAAAAACAGACAAAAUUGAUUCAUGGAAUCCAAUGGAUGAAGACUUUUCUUGCGCAACAUUUAACUCUUAUAAAUACUUUAAUGUCCUUAAAGCUGAACUUCCUGGCAAAAAAUCUCCAGAGAAACGUUUGCAACAGUCACCAGAGAAACCGGCAGAAGAUAUCUCCUUAUAUAUUGGCAAUAUUCCAUCAACUAUAACUAAUGAAGGUAUCAAAAACUUGUUUUUGGCUGUUGGCAAGGUACAGUCUUGCAAAAUUUUGCCUCCAAAAGAUUCCUGCAAUGAUACAAAAUAUGGCUUUGUUAAAUUUUAUACUUGGAAAGAUGCUUUAAAAGCUAUUGGGGAAUAUGAUGGAUUGUGUCUUGGUAGUGAAGAGAAACUUCGCGUUAGAGUUGCGCACAGAAGACGGGAUGACGAUUAUUUUUCUCGCGAUGAAGAAUACAGUUCAUCGGAUGGAACUGCCAAAGAUAAUCCAAACAAUGGACAAUCUCCUUUUGAUGAAUGUCAUAAAGUGGGUGGAAAAAAUGUUUGUGACCAAAGUUUAGGCCGCUUAAAAGGAGAAGCAAACUACAAAAAUAGCGACCAAAAUUCUUGCAUACCACAACAACUGUCAAACGUGAUCAAGAGUGAGUCGAUCAUGAAUGAGGAAUUAUUUCCUGAGGCUAAUAAUGGAUCUGCAGCAACACCGCGGAUAAUGAUGCCUUGUACAUGCUGUGACAAAUUGUGCAAACAACGGUGUUCUGCGUGUAAGGCACCGUACUGCAGUAGGGAAUGCCAAAAGAUCGACAGAGUACGACAUAAACUUGUGUGUACCUAUCAGAAUAACUCUAAACCUGCCAAGUCAGAGGUAAAGGUUCCAGUAGCAACAAACGGACCCAUGUCUGCGCCUGACGAUCUUGAUAAUGAUAGUGACUUUGACUGUAUUGAUAUUUCAUUGGAGUCCUCAACUUCAAGGAAAGCCAAGCCAAAUACAGAACAGCGAAAUGACGGUGAUGUUUCCCUCGAUAGUUCUUUUUGUCAGGAUUCGGGUGUUGUAAUAUCAAGAGAAUCUCCUUGCGAAGAGCUUAAUUCUGAUCCAAGGGUGGCAACUCAUACAGCGGAUAUCAACGUCAUAAUGGCUUCAAACGUACCUAAUGAUGUAUUACCCUCUACAAUAUCCUUUGAUAUUGUAGUAUGCUAUUUCUUGACACCGAACUCAUUUUGGAUUUGGUUCAUGAACACUGCUAAAGAAUUGUUUAUUCGCUUACUUCCCUGCUUAAUGAAACUUACGAGAAGUCCACGUAUUCAGAAUAUAUGCCAGUCACCGGCCAACUGA